UAUGCGUACAGCGAGUCUACACUGAAAUUUUCUGCUUCCAUAUGGCAUGUGCAUAGAGUUAUCAAAUUCGGUCCUAUCGGCAGAUGCUUGAUUUAGGGGCCUGUGUAGCUAUCAGGUAGCAACGUCUCGAAUUCUGAUCUCGAAUUGCCAUGACAACGGCCAUUUAGAAGGGUACAAUAUGGUAAAAGUGGUCCAGCUCUAAGAUUCAAGAUGGUGUCCGCCAUUAUUCUCGGUGUCGUCUGCGGUGUUUCCGGUGGCGUUGUUGUUGUCGUCUCCCUCGUGCUCUGCCGCUACUUCCUCUAUCAACGGAAAGUGAAGGCAUCAGCGGGGACCUCCGAUGUGUCUGUGGAGGGGUCUGGACAGUAUAUCCCUUCCAGGGCGGGUUCUUACAUGCAAGUUUCCUCAGUAAGUCAGGAAUUCCGUGUAUCGAAGGAGUCCCUGAACGUUCAGCCUCGGCCCAUCCCGACCAUCCAGAAGGAACGCCUGAAGGAAUCGCCAACCGAGUCUGACACGGUCAGCCUUGGAGCGUGUAGCACCAAUAGUGCCAACAGUUCCGGAUUCGACGUACCGUUAGGUUCGAUCCGGCCAGAUCUGUACCAACGCAAGGACGCUGUUCUCCGUCAGGAAUCCCGGGACAGCAUCGUUCGGCUUGGCAGGCUUCAUAUACGAGUCAAAUAUGACUUUAAUACCUCUGAUCUAGUGGUUCAUGUCAUUGAGGCCCAAGACUUGCCACCCGUAGACACUGCCGGCUUGAGUGACCCGUAUGUCAAAUUGGUGCUGAGUCCUGAAAUCGACACCAAGCUCCGCCAGACGUCCCUUAAACGGAGGACAAUCAACCCAGUCUUUGACGAGUACUUCAAGUUCCCGGUGACCUUCGAAGAUCUCGCCGAUAGGACCAUCUCGUUCUUUAUCUACAAUUAUGACAAGUUCUCGAGGCAUGACGUCAUCGGUUGCGUCAGCCUCGAUUUGGCUCAAGUUGACGUUAGCACCAGUUUGGAGAUAUGGAGUGACGUACAGAAACAUGAGCAGACUGAGAGCGACCUUGGCGAGCUGCUGGUGUCCUUGAGCUACCUGCCGUCGGCGGAGAGGCUGACAGUGGUCAUCAUGAAGGCACAGGACUUGAAGAUGGCCGAGAUGGCAACAGCAUCAAGCUCAUCAGAUCCAUUUGUGAGAGUCUCACUGAGCGUCAACGGCAAGAAAAUCAAGAAAAAGAAGACCGCCGUGAGGAAGAAUACACGAAAUCCGGUCUGGAACGAGGCUCUUGUUUUCAACGUUCCAGCGGAAAUGCUUCCGAGGGUUGCCUUGGAGAUUGCAGUGAUGGAUUAUGAUCUCCUCGGCCACAAUGAACUGGUUGGUAUGUGCGUGAUAUCGCAGGAGGGUCUGUCAGCGGGCGCAAAACACUGGACUGACAUGACCGGGAAUUUCCGUAAGGCGAUUGCCAUGUGGCACAGUCUCAAGCGUCCGUAAGCAGAGUCAGAUGAAGCCCAUACAUUGGCUGGAGAUCUACCGUAUAUUCAUGGUCAAAUGGCCAGAAUGCCAAGCUUUUGCAUCACAACGCAAGACUGCUGGGUUGAAUCUGGCGGCCAUUUUGAAUGUUUGACACCCAUCACGUUUGGGGUCAAUUGAAAGUGCCUUCUGUAGGCUUAGCACUGAGACAUUUCUUUUUCUCAGGUUGAUUGUUAUGUGGUCGCAAACGGUUACUAAAUAAGAAUGGUGUUUUUGAUAAACAAGGAAAGAUGAUUUCGUUGCGCAUUUGGCAGUUGAUGAGGCGACUAAAGUGAGUGAUGAUUUGGACAUUUCUCUUCCUUUGGAAGUGUUUUAGACGGCAUAAGAUGUUUAGUCAUCUAUUGCGAUGAACUUUAACGAAGCCGAAAUGUAGCCACUGCUCUGCUGGUUGCCAGAGCGUUGGUAGGUAUUGAACACAUCAGAAUCGGUAUUGUAAAUGUUUUUCUGCAAAAUGAGGCAUUUCGUUGUCUAACUAUGGACAUUUGAAGACGAACAAUAACCACUGUCCUGGGAUAGUGUAGGUGGAUUUAGAUGUAUGAUUUGAAAGGAUGAUCUAAACACACUCUGUGUUAUCAACUCAGUGAGAUUUAAGACUACAAACAUUUUUUAAGUGUAGCUAGAUUUAUAUAGAGUGCAUCUCCGAACUUGACACCGUGAGAUUGAUGAGCUUGUACCUUGAAAAGUGUUGCAAGUUUAAAAAGUAUGAAUAGUACAGUUGAUGCUACUGCUCAAUAGAUUGCAUCGUAGGUUCACAUGUUGGUUUCGUCGGGAGAUGUAAACAUUUUGGUCAAAUUCACCUUGAACCGAUGUUUUUGGUAAAGUGAUUAGUGGUCACGUGAUGGACCAUACGUGGUCACGUGAUGGACCAUACGUGGUCACGUGAUUUGUUCUAUUUGUAAGAUGCAAACCGAACUCAAAAGUGAUUUAUGAACUACAGAAUGAUAGUAAGCGAGAAAUGUUUGCCACGCUUAACAUAUUCAAUUAGCAGCAGACGAGAUAUCGUGCUUGCUGCCGAAAUUUACAUUUUUCUAACUUUUUAAGUUGGCGUUUGAAAGUGGAUUCGCAAAAAACGCGAAGUAUACAGCACUGUGUUUGGUGUGCAUCUUAGGAAUUUGGAAUUAUGACAAACCCACCGAGUUUUCCUACAAACUUGUUUAAAAGGAUUGUGUAUUGGUAAUUUGGCCAGUCGAGUUUUGUAACUUCAUUUAAGUGCUCUUUAUCAGUGUGUGUUGUAUAUGGUUACUUAAGAAGAACGACGGCAGGGUAAGCUGGUUUUUAUUGGCUAUGAGUUCUGAAAUCUGUUGGAGGGUUAUUUAUUUAAAAAAGUAUACGGUUGUUCUUUUUAAUAAUAAACCCUACUUUUGGAAGUAAUUCCUCUUUAUUGUUUCCCUAACUGUUGCAAACUUUUUCCAUCUUUAAGAUGAUGGAACAAGCUGGUGAUUGGUCCACAGUUCUUUUAAUAAGUGUCAUGUGACCCCCUUCUAGAUAUGUUGCAAUAGAAUAGGCUUAAUUGUGAUUGAAAGAUGAAAAGUUGGUGAAAAUGACUGGACUGGCCAAUUUCUUUAAAAAUAUAGCACUUCUUUUUGUUGGUGAAAAAAAGAAGUAUAUAAUAGUUUGGAUGUUUGAACGAGGUUUACUGGGGCCAGGACUAAAAUAACUGUUCUUCGAUUGACUAGGGAGAUUCUUGCGAAUAAGACGCAGCAAUUUUAAAGAACUUUAAAUAUUUCAAGGGAGAUGUUAAAAGAACAACAUGGGCAAGUGUAUCAUAAGCAUAUCAGUGCAAUAGAGACGGAAAUAUUGGUGUGUCUUUAUCGCAAAAAUAGCUGGUACUUAUGGUAUUUUAGUACUUAUUGAAUAUAACCGGUUCGUUUAAUAAAAGUAUAUCAAAGCAAAUUGUGUUAUGUAUUUAAAAUUGUGAUACAAAUGCGCACAUUUAACUUCAGUUAUGAUAUAGUAUCAUUCAUGUUUCGUUCCUGCACGGCUGUUGUUAUGGUAAUAAAUUAAUGUUUUGUAUUGUAAUGUUUGAAUUCGAAAAUGUACAUGUAUAUUUCACAAAGAUUAAAGGUAUUGCAGAAUAUUCUUGCAAUUAUGAUCAAUAACAUGAUCAAUGAUCAAUAAUAUGAACAAUAACACCAAGUCUGGGUCACACGCGUUCUCGCAAUCGCACUGAGUGGAAACCUACCCUAAAUUAGCCUAACCGGACUGCACGGGAGCUGUUGCAUACACCGGGCUGUACAUCCACGCAGCGGUUUUGCCUCGUCGUGCGACAAGACAAAAAUCGAAGUGGAAACAGUCAGUGUGUCUUAAUAUCAUAUUUUACGCAAAGACGUGGAUGUCUGCAAAUCUGUCGUAAUUUCUUAAAGCAAGUUUCCUCACAGUCGAUACUAUAUCUGUAUUUGGGAUUGCGUGAACACGCAUGAGCACUGACUGCUUCCCCCUAGUGGCGUUGUUGGGAACCAUCCUUGAUAUAUGGUGAUGUGGUGUCUCGACACAAAUGUGUGGGACACACGCCAAAAAUCUGUGUGUACUCAGUAAAUGUCGGUGCCCCAGUUUCAUUGAGUAUAACCAUUAUUUGGCUUCAAUAAAAAAAUCUUUUUUUUUUGUCUUGACAUGCCUAGUUACAGCAGAUGACAUUUGAGACAUUGCGUAUGCACUUGAUAUUUCUGGAGCUCAGUGAUCACCAGUUACAACGAUUGUCUGGCCAAAACGUCGACUACCACCAAAAACUGAGUACACGCUCAUGUUUUAUACAAAUUAUUUAACAGAACGAAUAUUGAAUAUUUUCAUAUGGGAAAUGAAAAAGAAGAUUCAAUUAGUCUUAGAAUUUUGGAAUUUUGUAUUGUUGUACAUAUAAAACAGUUUGUAGCUAUCGGCAACUUUAUUUAGAGGGCUAGACUAGAUGAACAAUCGCCAUAACUUUCGUGCAUUCAGUUGGAAUCAGAAAAUGACUUUCCAUCAAAAGUUAUUCUGACCUACAGUUGGAAUGGAGAAGGAGUCCAAGGUUUCAACGCCUACUCCGGUCAUUUGAUACAAAUAUAAAAUUAGCUUGAAUUUCAAUUUCUCCUAUCGUGUCAAACCAUGGACUGAAUAUAGUUUUCCACAAGAACGUUGUGUAGAGUUACGAAAGACAUGAAGAAAAAAUCAUAAAGAACAACUGUUACUGAGUUGUCUAUCAAAUGUAAUACAUUGUGCAUAUCGCCUCCCAUUUCCUCAAUAUAACUGAUGUAAACCCCGUAGAGCAUACUCUCGAACUGUUUCCUUUGGUGACCAUGUCGUCCGUAUGUGGCCUCCAUACUGAUACCCAUAUAGUGUUCAUAAAAACACAUAAAAUAUCUAAUGUGAUUCUUAAUAUAACGAAGGAUGGAUUAUAUACUUACUUGAUAUAACUUGUAUAAUCUUAAUUGUGAUAUAACUAUGAUUGUGACCUUUUUCUUUAUCACAUGCGCCGUUUGGUGAUUCCUUGUUAUAUUCCUUGCCAACUGGACGUAAAGAAGGCUGAAGCCAGAAUCUCAUAAAUGCACCGAAUGCGAUUUGACGCGAUAUGGCAUGAAUAUAACAACGCAUGCGAUAUAUGAUUUGUCUGGUAAAAUGUGGCUUGAAAUGACAAAGCAGAGUUGCAAUGGUAUGCGUUGUGGCAGUCGCAUGCAGUACCCUGCGGGUGACGAAAUGAAAACGCUUUUGGUGCGAGCCUUGAGGACGCAUGCAUUAUUUCCAGCAUUCUAACUCGUACCACGUUCAUGCUCAUUGGGAUGUAAGACAUGCAGGAAAAAUGGUCGUGAUUAAAGCAUGUAUUGCUAAUCUGGUCGAAAAGGAACUUGAAAGCGGAAGUAUUGAAACAAGGUUUUUAGAAACGUACAGAACGUGAUCCAGUUGCUCCGCUCAAAAACCUCUGUUUUUAUUUUAACUAGGAGAGCGAGCGUAGCGUCCUGUCAUUUGAGUAGUUCCCCCUUUAGCUAGACUGGCACGCCUGUCUUUUUGAUGCUGGUUGGCAUAAUGAGUCUUUGUCGGGAGCUGGUUUCAGUCUAUUCACAUGCGAGAGCCACUGGCACCGGCUGGUCUGGUUCCUGUUAUUUGCCAUAUCUUGCCAUAACGCUUUCGGAAUCAAGUUUUUUCUUCAACAUUAUAUCAAUUAUCCUAGAUACGGUUUACAAAGAAAGUUUCAGUUAUCUGGGAGUUACUUUCUUAUCACCAUCUACCACUUUCAAGUUCCUCAUUGUCGACUGGUUGCAAGCAUGGCUGAUGUUUUUCAUCAUAUCUGAAAGUGAGGAAAUAAGAUCGUUUCUGUUGUUUUGGCGGCCAUUGUAUAUAACCGUAUAUUUUUAUGAAUUAUUGCUGUUUCACGAUUUGAAUUGUUCAUUGGUUGACCUGGUGCUAAUAAAGUCACUUUGUGGCCCCCGACUGGUU